CACUCUUUGGAGUCACGGGAAUUUCUCUCAGCGCGCGGAACAAUGUAAAACAUCUAACUCAUAAUGUCCCUGAGAAAGUUUGGCAUCUCUUGAAAAUUACGAGAUGUGAGUGCACCAAUGUCUCACUGUAACCUUGGUUCACAUUGUUCUGGACUUGGUUUUACUUUGGAAUACAGCUAGCAGCUUGUUUGGACAUACUCCUUUCGUUUAUUGUACCCUUUUCCUUCCUGUCGUCAUCAUGAUAUCUUCAGAAGGCCCCUAUGAUUUGGUGCAUUUUUCCGCAUUAGUACUACCCCAAGCCAGGGGCGUUAAUGAUGAAUACACUAUCCCUACACCAGGAGAAAGCUCCACAGACGCCUAUUGCCUUAUAUCAGGUCCCUUCCUCAACUUAUCCUAAUUCUUUAAAUCCAUAUUCCAUUUCAAUUAAAACACCCAAUUUAGCACGUCCAAGAACAAGAUGCAGCUCGAUACUCAGUCCAGCACCCACAACACCAGCCAUGGUGAUCCCACGGGCAAGACUAAAGAGACCAUCACCUCCUUCCUGGGAAAAGAUGGCCAAGCCGACACAACGGUCCACGAGACCAUUAACCCAGCUGUUAUAAGGGAACACAUCCAAAGAACCAACCACGAGGAGAGACAAAAGAUCAUCGACAGGGAGGUCCACCAAGACCACCACCACAUUUCGAUCCAGCCUGUCCGCGACCAGGAAAUCUUGCCAGAGACCCAUGAGACCAACAUUGCUCCCGUUGAGACUCAUGAGAUCAAACAUGGCAACGAGAAGCACGUGCUUGAGCGUCUAGCCGCCGAGCGCGCCCAGUUCCGUGAUACUCGUGAUGUUGCCGAAACUCGCACCACAACCUCGACUGGCCCCACUGUUGCUGGAGAGCAUAUCCAUCAUCAUGUUCACGAGACUAUCCAGCCUGUUGUCGAGAGAGAUAUCCUCGAGCCCCACGUUAUCCACAACACCUUCCCUAUUCACGAGAUUCACAUUAAUGAGGCCAAGCAUCACUCCGCCUCAUCUCUUCCAGAAGUGACGCUCGCUGAGUUCCAGCGCCAGGGCGGCACCCUCACUGGCCGUGAGGAGCGCGUUGACUCCUUCAGUGGUGCUCCUCGCUCUAUUGACGAUGCUGUCACCGACUCGAAGCACAACAACGUCCUAGGUGGCCCAGGCGCUGCCGGUACAACUACUGUUACCGGUGGCGGCAUCGGUGGCACCAGCGGCGGCGGCGGAAGGACCAGAUACAACGAAGAAUACGACUACGGUACUUCCGGACGCUACGAGUCCACAGGCGCUGGCAAGACGCAGCAGCGCAGCCAGUAUGAUACUACCGACUCUACCCAGCGCGGUUACGAUACCAUAACCACGUCUAGCACGGCGAACCGCAACGCCGCAGCGGGUGCCGGCGCAGUCGGACUCGGCGGUGUUGGCGCAGGCGCAGCUGUAGGCGCCGGUACCGCUGGCGGUGGAGGACUGGGGAGCUCGGCUGCCCAAACUGCGGCCAACAAGAUUCCCGGCGUGAACAAGCUGACAGGGAGCAGGAGCGGAGAGAGCAGCGGCGCGAGAGGCGAGGAGUCCGUUGGCCACCAGCAGGGAAAGAAGCCCAGCCUCAUUGACAAGCUGAACCCCAUGAAGGAUUCUAACAAGGAUGGGAAGGCUGGUUUCAUGUCUUAAGCAGGUCAAGUCAGAGAGGGAAGAUUGAAGUUGUGUAAUUUGGGUUUAAUAAUGUUGGGAUGUGGGCGAUUACAACUAG